UUCGCCAGUGGACUACAACUCCCGGAAGGCAGAGAAGUGGACUACAGCUCCCAGAAGGCUGCGCGGCACACAGCCAGCCAGGUGCUCUCGUGAGGCGUGCCAGUCAGAUUCCGCGGGAGGGCGGCAGAGAUACCGCGAUAUUUGGGAGCGGCCCCGAGACGCGCCUGGCACGGAUCCUAAAUCCCGACAGCUUUAUGGAGCCCAGGCCUGGCAGGCUCCCAGAACUUGAAGCCACCAGACCCCACAUGGAACCAAAGGCCUCCUGUCCAGCUGCUGCACCCUUGAUGGAGAGAAAAUUCCAUGUUCUUGUGGGUGUCACAGGGAGUGUCGCAGCCCUGAAGUUGCCUCUUCUGUUGUCAAAGCUUUUGGACAUUCCUGGGCUGGAAGUAGCAGUGGUCACAACUGAGAGAGCCAAACAUUUCUACAGCCCCCAGGACAUUCCUGUCACCCUCUACAGCGACGCUGAUGAAUGGGAGAUGUGGAAGAGCCGCUCUGACCCAGUUCUGCACAUUGACCUGCGGAGGUGGGCAGACCUCCUGCUGGUGGCUCCUCUUGAUGCCAACACUCUGGGGAAGGUGGCCAGUGGCAUCUGUGACAACUUGCUUACCUGCAUCAUCCGGGCCUGGGACUGCAGCAAGCCCCUGCUCUUCUGCCCGGCCAUGAACACCGCCAUGUGGGAGCACCCGAUCACAGGGCAGCAGGUAGACCAGCUCAAGGCCUUCGGCUAUGUUGAGAUCCCCUGUGUGGCCAAGAAGCUGGUGUGCGGAGACGAAGGUCUGGGGGCCAUGGCUGAAGUGGGGACCAUCGUGGACAAAGUGAAAGAAGUCCUCUUCCAGCAUAGUGGCUUCCAGCAGAGUUGACCUGGGAUUUCUGCCAUGGGUGUCCCUCUGUACUCAGAAUGGGUUCAGGCCAAGUCGGUGAAGAUGGAUGUUGGCAAAAUAGGAGGAUACCCUCAUUUGCUGAAUAGGGGGCCUGCUCUGAGCCUGCCCAGGGGCCGCUCCAGGUUAAACUGGACGGUAAACUGGACGGAAGGCCCGGGUCUCAGCUUCUUUCAACCAGGAGAGGCCGCUGCCUAGAGCCCCUCCCCACCUUUUCCUGGAUGGGCGAAGCAAGCCAGGAGAGCAAGCAGUGUUGUCCUCACGGGAGGAGGACUGAGUGACUGGGAAAACUCGGCUCUACAUCUCACCCAGAAUGACUUUUAGAAACACCACAGCUGGAGAGUCCUGGCUGAGCCUUGGGAGUUUCAGCUCUUUGGCGGGCGGGGUGCCCAGGUGCCAUGCGAUCAGCGAAGCCUGCGAGUUGGCAGGACUCUGAGGUUUCCUGCAGACCAUGCCAUGAGAUUGAAGGUGUGGGGAAAUAAAGAAAAAUCACCAUUUAGGAGACUCCAUUCUUUCCCUACAACCCAACUGUGGUCCCAGAGAUCAGGGGGUGUUGCCAGGUAUGGCUAGGGAAGGGUCUGGGUUGACAACUCACCGGCGCUGUUUAGUCCCUGUAUAACAUGGUGGUUAAGGAUAAAGAUCUGAAGCCAGACAGCCCCUAGUUCCAAUCCCGGCUUUGCCGCUUACUAGCAAUGGCAGUUUGGUUCAGGACUUAGCCUUCCUGACUUUCACUUUCCUCAGCUAUCUUUUUAUCCUACCCUCAGGGAGUUGUUGAGAGGAUUCAAUGAAAUUAUGUGUGCAAAAUACCCAUGCCACUGAGUGCCUGGAACAUAGUAAAUGUCAAAUCAAUGGAAGUUAAAACUAGGCAUGCAUAUAUGCCAGAGAGCUUUCCUAGCAUUUGCUGCAAUGCACCGUCUCAUUUUGGGAAAAAGGAAAUCCUGGAUGCUAAGUUGACACGUCCCUUUAUGCAAGUGACAGGUAAGCAGCCAGGAGGGUUGACCCUGCCCUGGGUCCCAGGCCUCUUGCCUGCUUCUUGGUUUUCUCUGUUCUCAUCCUUUCAGCUUUGCUGGACCUGAGGCAGGGGCCUGGGUGUCUGUGCCUCCCCAACCCCCAGUACACAUGAUCAAGGGAAGUAGAUCCAGGGACACCAUGCACUCUGGCCCAGAAACCCUCUGCUACCCAGCUUUUGACCUAAUUGCCAUUUGGUGUGGCUGCAGCGGGGAGGGCUUAUCUGCGUAUUUGGAGCUGAGGCUGAGGCUGGCUUCCUGCCGUCUGGCUUCCAGGCCAGGUGUGAGGGACAUCCCAUGUGGGCUCUGAGAGCACUGAGAGUAGAGGUGCCUUGAGGGGACCACGAAGCCUGCUGGCUGGAAUCAAUGCUCCAGCAGCCUCCACAGCCUUUAUCUCAACAGCACUUGACUUCACCAGGUGACCCUUUGGGAUAAAAUUGCCUUAGGGCACGAAAUAAACUAUAACUAAAAUGGUA